AUGGCGCUCUCAUACGCGAGUCAACACGAGUCCAGUCCAUGGUCUCCGCCGAGACAAGAGACUAUAUUUUCCCUCAAGGUUAUAGAGGAUUGCAAAUUUCGAGUUUCCUUUACGGGCGAUGACCUCAACUCCCUCUUCGCGCGUGCCUUGAAGAUUCGCGAGGGCACACCCUACGCUCUCUUAUUGGAGUAUAAUGACCGCCCUCUGGCCUUUCUCCCCCCAACGAAACUUGAACCCAAUGACGACCCCUCCUCAAUCUCAGAGUACCCAUUCCAAGAUGUUUACGAUGAAAUAUCAUCACCCGUCUUAUACGGUGACGAGUGUUACGGACCCCACGGUUUCUGGGUAUAUGACGAUGCCCGAGGACACGGGCAGGGGACACAAAUGGAUUUUGGCGACUACGAAAAAACAUUUAGAGACGCUUAG